GGUGUGCACCACAAGUGUCUGGGCUGCUCCCAAAAGGGAAGUGAAAUGUCAUUACAUCCAAACGCCAGAGGGCGCUCUUGUGCAGAAACUCAGUUUGCGCUGUAGACGAAGAACCAUACACGCAGCUUUGGCAUCCAGGAAAUGGCUUAAGGAUAUAUUUUACAUUGCUGUUCUUCAAACCUUUUCAGCAAGGCUGAGCUCCUCGAGAGGAAAGAAAAAAUGAAGAGUAUCUUAAAGGACAAACGAUUUCAGAAGCCUGAGGCCAGUCUGAGUAACUCUAUUGGAGCUGUACGAUGGGCUCUGCCUGAUGAGGAUGUUUCGCUGCACAGCUCCGCUCCCAGCAAGAGAACAUCCAUUCCUAGACAAAAGGACCUGAAGGAUCUCCGGAGCUUGCAGGAAUGUGUGAAGUUUAUCACUCAGUGGAAACAGCAGGUGGAACAGGUGUGCAAGCCUGACACCAAUGGAGACGAAGUUCAAAAUAUUUAUGUGAAUGCCGAGCCCCGGAGGUUGGAGCAAUGUCGAAAGCUUAUCCUUGAAUGGGCACAGGAGCUCAAGAAAGCUGAAAAUAUGUAUAGUGAAAGACCAUGGCGACAAAGAGGUGCAAGCAGUGAGCAGAAAGAAAGCAAGACAGACUCUAUAAAACACGCAGACCAGAGGAUCAUGGAGUGGGCGAAAGAGCUGCAGACUGUGUCAGAGCGCUUCGGUGUAACGAGAGAGGAAUUAAUUCAGCUGUUGAGGCAGCUGGAACUGAGGAAGAAGAAAGUUCUGCUGCCUUUUCUGGAGUUCUUAACUUGGUCCGUGCUAAAGGAGGACAACAAGGAUGCUGUUCCACAGAUGUGGCUCCUUAGCAAACAACGUGUCUGGAAAACAGGAAUGCCCAAAUACAUUCCAAACUCAGUGUGGAGCUGGAUCUACAGUGCAUCAGCCGACAUCACAUUGGACCCCAUGACUAACCAUCCUUGGCUGCAGAUGUCGGAGGACAGGAAGAAGGUUCAGGAAGCUUUAAGUGAAACUGAAGUAUCAUUCAGCACUCAGCGCUUCGACAGCUGGCCUUGUGUUUUGGGCUGGGAGGGGCUCUCAUCCGGUCGUCACUAUUGGGAAGUUGAGAUUGCCAACAACGGCUACUGGCGUAUCGGGGUGACCACCGCUUCCUCCAAAAGGCAUGGCCGCUUUUCCAUGAACCCUUCUGAGGGCUUCUGGGCAAUAUGGAGAAGCACACGGGAGUUUUUUGCAUGCACCAAACCAGAGACUCCGCUACCCCUGAUGCUUGUGCCCAAAAAACUGGGAGUCUAUCUGGAUUAUGAAGAAGGACAAGUGUCUUUCUACAAUGUAGAGACACAGUCGCAUAUCUUCACAUUUACCACAAGUUUCGGUGAAAAGAUGUACCCGCUCUUUUCACCGCUGGAUGGACGCACGGUUUUAACACUGUCCACGCCAACUGAAAUAGCAGCGUUAUAGAAAUAAAAAAUUACCACUUUUAAUCCAAUUAACUGACUUCUUUUAAUAAGGGGCUCGUGAAGGGAAGUAAGUUGCACGUUUGUGAGACCAGUUUGUAGGUAAUAAUCCACAUUUUAGCCGUCACAGCAGAAUGGAAAAAUGAGAAACUGAUAUUAACUCUUUACAAAACUAAAGGAACAGAUCCUUAAGAAACUGUAGAUAAAUCAUUUGGGUGGUAAAUUUUAACUUUAUCAUGGUCUUGCAGAUAUGAGAUGUAGAUUAUAUUUACUAUUUACCCUUAGAAAUGUGUCAUGGUGUCCAUGUGAACAUGGUUUACGAUAUAAAGGCAUUUAUUAUUGAAUUUCACCCGACAAAUAUACCCGACUCAUAAAAAUGAUUGCUAUAUGGCAUGUCUCUAGAUUUUACACACACAUUUUAGCUUACAUGAAUCUUUACAGAUUAGACUUAGUAAUUUUUUAUCCAUAUUAACUUUAACCAUUUAAUUAUUGUGCCCUGAAUGAUUUAAAUGAUAAAAUGUCAUUCUAGACCCUUUUAGCUCAGUGUUUAUCAACCUGGGGGCUAAAAUACAAAAUACAUAAAAUAAAACAAAACAAGCAUUAAACUGAAUUAACUUACAAUGAAUAUAUUUCUCAGUGUUUGGUAUUGUUUAUAUAACAAAUGUACAUCUACAUAUGCUCUCACAUAAUUAAAGAGUUUGGUUCCAAAAUGAGAUACAUUUUUAAAACUUUUCAAAAAUCUCGUUUGGACAAAGGGGGUGGACUUAAAAUCAAACGUUUGAGAUCCACUGUCCAUUUCUGUACCUCGUGAAACAUUUUAUAUUAGACUUGUUCGACUUAACGCGGCGCCGAAAAAACGACAGCCGUAUGACGUCAAGGUUCCGCGAGAGCAAUUUAAAGCAAACUCCUGCGUAUGAUUUCGCGAAUCGCUCUCGCGGUGCUUUGACGUCAUCCGGCUGUCGAUUCUUGCGGUGCCACAUAAGGUCGAGCAGGCCUAUUGUCUCCCUGAUCUGACAGACCCUGUCAGUCUGCCUAGCGCGGCAUAAAGUCAAACACGCAUAGUGUAAAUAAUAAAUACGACAGUGCAAUCUGAUUGGUUAAAAUGCUGUAGGUAUUUACAAUAGCGCUGUUUUCUAGCAAAUAUUUUUCUUAUCAGCGCCAUCCGCACCUCGUCCACCACUAGUAUUUUGAAUAAAUCCUCAGUGUGCGUUGUGUGUUUAAAUACAGUCACGUGGCACAUAUGCUUUUUUAACGUGACCAGAUCAGUGAACGUGACACAGAUGCGUUUCCAUGGUUUCCAUGGAACGUUCCUAUUAUGACGUCAUAAAGAAGAGCGUGGGCGGUCUGAAGGUAUAUAAAGCGCAGCGUUCCACGAAUCGAGUCAUUCUGAGGUAAGUAUCAACGGGAUGGCAAACUUCUGAAACACCCCAGGUUAAAAUACUCAAAGGUAACGCGGUUAGAAAACAUUGUUAAAUCGUGGAAGAAAUACUUGUGUUAGAUGUUGUUAGCUGUUUUAUAUGUAAUAUUUAUAUAUUUAAGUAUUAUUUUUAUUUAAUAUCUAAAUAUUAAACUUAAUGUUAGAUGGUAAUAACGUUACGUGCUAUCGUAUGAAACAAUAACAUGAUUUUUAAAUGACCGGGCAACUAUUUGUAAGUUACAUUACUAAAACAUUUUCAAAACAAACCCAUCCUGAUUGAGAUUUGCCACGGUUGUGUUUGGUGUUUGCUCUUAGAUUCUUUUAUUUUUUUCUUAACUCAGGUGCAGCGCCCUCGGCGGGACUCGCGGCUGUCUGUCCAUAGUUUAUUGUGUUUAGACCAUAGGUUUAGACAGAAUCUAGAAUAGUGGCCUGUAUGAUAAAGGGCGGGCAGGGGGCUGCAGUUCACCCCAGGGUCUAAGAGUUAAAAGUAGGGUGUGCACUGUAAGGUAGGACGGUCGGAAGCAGUGCAGGCCCUAGAUUUUUUAAAUCUAAUUUUCGAAGUAUUUAAUGGUAAACACCAAUGUGAUUUAAGCAAAUAAAUAAAGGAUUGUCUUUUCAAAAAUAUGUUAGGUUGGAUAGGAAACCGCUUCCUUUAACUUAAACUUUAAAUAAUAAUAGUAAUAAUAAACGUUUAUAAUAUAGUAUUAAAUAUAUAGUAUAUUUUCUAUAGGAUUAGCUAUGUCUGGCUCUCUCUCAAGGGGUUUUUUCUCCCUAGGACUUUUUCCCCACAGGGUUUUUCUCCUAGGAGUUUUUUCAACCCCUUGAGAGCCAGCUGACAUUAGUUUAACUUAGAGCUUUCUUCUAUUACGUUACAUUAAUACUACUUCCUUUUUAUUAAUGUAAAGCCGUUUUGUAACAACUAAACAAUUGUGAAAGCAAAUAAAAUUGAAUUGACUCAAA